CUUCUUGGGGGUGCUGGAAGCCGGGAAGACCCCCGAACCGUUCCCAUUGAGCUGCCCUUCGUUUUCGCUUUCUUCACUUCUGCUCUGCCGCGUUGCCAACAAGCACCUAAUCCCAAAGCUGAGAGAAAAACCCGGGUCUGAGCGCGUUCGGCACUCCUUCGGGAAGAUUCACCGGGGAGCGGGGCAGGGGGGAGGGCCCGGCAAACGGUUGCUGCCUCAGCCUGGGCCCGGGUCCUCCGAGGGGAAGCUCCCGGUACCCGGUGGGCGCGUGGCCUGCGGCGGCCCCGCCGAGCUGCUCGCCGACCGCGGCUCGGCUCGCGGGAACCUGCCACCGGCACCUCCCACCGCGGCCCACGCGGACGGCGCGCGGAGGAGGGGGCGGCGGCGGCGGCGGCGGCGACCUGGGCGAGCGCAGGAGUGUGACCGGCCUCGGGGCCGCGGUGGAUGGUUUCUAAGAUGAUCAUUGAAAACUUCGAGGCGCUCAAGUCCUGGCUCAGCAAGACCCUCGAGCCCAUCUGUGAUGCUGAUCCAUCAGCCCUAGCAAAAUAUGUUUUGGCUCUGGUAAAGAAAGACAAAAGUGAAAAAGAAUUAAAGGCGCUAUGUAUUGAUCAGCUCGAUGUAUUUCUUCAGAAAGAGACACAAAUAUUUGUUGAAAAACUUUUUGAUGCCGUGAAUACAAAGAGUUAUCUACCUCCUCCAGAGCAGCCAUCGUCAGGAAGCCUGAAGGUAGACUUUCUUCAGCACCAAGAAAAAGAUAUAAAAAAAGAAGAGCUCACAAAGGAGGAGGAGCGAGAGAAGAAGUUUUCCAGAAGGUUGAAUCACAGUCCUCCCCAGUCAAGCUCCCGUUACAGAGAUAAUAGAAGCCGUGAUGAGAGGAAAAAAGAUGAUCGUUCUCGAAAAAGAGAUUAUGAUCGAAACCCUCCUCGAAGGGAUUCCUACAGAGACCGGUAUAACAGAAGGCGUGGGAGAAGUCGCAGCUACAGCAGGAGUCGAAGUCGAAGCUGGAGUAAAGAGAGGCUUCGUGACAGGGAUAGAGAUAGAAGCAGGACAAGGAGCAGGAGCAGGACGCGAAGCAGGGAAAGGGACUUGGUGAAACCUAAAUAUGACCUGGAUAGAACAGAUCCAUUAGAGAAUAAUUAUACACCAGUCUCGUCAGUAUCCAGUAUUUCAUCUGGCCACUAUCCUGUACCUACUUUGAGCAGCACCAUUACUGUAAUUGCUCCUACUCAUCAUGGUAAUAACACUACCGAAAGUUGGUCUGAAUUUCACGAAGACCAAGUAGAUCACAACUCUUAUGUAAGGCCACCAAUGCCAAAGAAACGGUGUAGAGAUUAUGAUGAAAAGGGGUUUUGUAUGAGAGGAGACAUGUGUCCUUUUGAUCAUGGAAGUGACCCAGUAGUUGUAGAAGAUGUGAAUUUGCCAGGCAUGCUGCCUUUCCCAGCACAGCCUCCUGUUGUUGAAGGACCACCGCCUCCUGGAUUGCCUCCACCUCCUCCAAUUCUUACUCCCCCACCUGGGAAUCUCAGACCCCCUGUGCCACCUCCAGGUCCAUUACCACCCAGUCUGCCUCCUGUCACAGGACCACCUCCUCCACUUCCUCCUUUGCAGCCAUCUGGCAUGGAUGCACCACCUAACUCUGCAACCAGCUCUGUUCCUACUGUGGUAACAACUGGCAUUCAUCACCAGCCUCCUCCUGCUCCGCCCUCUCUUUUUACUGCAGAUACAUAUGAUACAGAUGGCUACAAUCCUGAAGCCCCAAGCAUAACAAACACUUCCAGACCUAUGUAUAGACACAGAGUCCAUGCACAAAGGCCUAACUUGAUAGGACUAACAUCAGGGGACAUGGAUUUACCACCUAGAGAAAAGCCUCCUAAUAAAAGCAGUAUGAGAAUAGUAGUGGAUUCAGAAUCAAGGAAAAGAACUAUUGGGUCUGGGGAACCUGGAGUUUCUACAAAGAAGACAUGGUUUGAUAAACCAAAUUUUAAUAGGACAAACAGUCCAGGUUUCCAGAAGAAGGUUCAAUUUGGAAAUGAAAAUACUAAACUUGAACUUAGGAAAGUUCCUCCAGAAUUAAAUAAUAUCAGCAAACUCAAUGAACAUUUUAGUCGAUUUGGAACAUUGGUUAACUUACAGGUUGCCUAUAAUGGUGAUCCUGAAGGUGCCCUUAUCCAAUUUGCAACUUAUGAAGAAGCAAAGAAAGCAAUCUCAAGUACAGAAGCAGUAUUAAAUAAUCGCUUUAUUAAGGUUUAUUGGCACAGAGAAGGAACUACUCAACAGUUACAAACUACUUCACCAAAGGUAAUACAGCCAUUAGUCCAGCAACCCAUUUUACCCGUUGUGAAACAGUCAGUCAAAGAGCGGCUGGGUCCUGUACCUUCAGGUACUGUUGAACCAGCAGAGGCCCAGAGUGCUACUUCAGACCUUCCCCAGAAUGUAACUAAGUUAUCUGUGAAGGACAGGUUGGGUUUUGUAUCAAAGCCAUCUGUUUCAGCAACUGAAAAGGUGUUGUCUACAUCUACUGGUCUUACAAAAACGGUGUACAAUCCAGCUGCUUUGAAGGCUGCACAAAAAACCUUACUAGUGUCUACCCCUGCAGUUGAUAAUAAUGAAGCACAGAAAAAGAAGCAGGAGGCACUGAAACUUCAGCAGGAUGUAAGAAAAAGGAAGCAAGAGAUUUUAGAAAAGCACAUUGAAACACAGAAGAUGCUAAUUUCAAAACUAGAGAAAAACAAAACCAUGAAGUCUGAAGAUAAAGCAGAAAUAAUGAAAACGUUAGAGAUUUUGACAAAAAAUAUUACCAAGUUGAAAGAUGAGGUUAAAUCUACAUCUCCUGGACGCUGUCUUCCAAAAAGUAUAAAAACAAAGACUCAGAUGCAGAAAGAAUUGCUUGACACAGAAUUGGAUUUAUAUAAGAAGAUGCAGGCUGGAGAAGAAGUCACUGAACUUAGGAGAAAAUAUACAGAAUUACAGCUGGAAGCUGCUAAAAGAGGAAUUCUUUCAUCUGGCCGAGGUAGAGGAAUUCAUACAAGAGGUCGAGGUGCAGCUCAUGGACGGGGAAGGGGGAGAGGUCGAGGACGAGGCGUGCCUGGGCAUGCUGUAGUGGAUCACCGGCCCAGAGCAUUGGAGAUUUCUGCAUUUACAGAGAGCGAUAGAGAAGAUCUUCUUCCUCAUUUUGCGCAAUUUGGAGAAAUUGAGGAUUGCCAGAUUGAUGACUCUUCACUGCAUGCAAUAAUUACAUUCAAGACAAGAGCAGAAGCAGAAGCAGCUGCAAUUCAUGGAGCUCGCUUCAAAGGGCAGGAUUUAAAACUGGCAUGGAAUAAACCAAUAACUAAUAUGUCAGCUGUGGAAACCGAAGAGGUUGAACCUGAUGAAGAGGAAAGAGAGAACAUCACUGCCUGAAUUUAGCUUUGUGACUACACGAGCAAGCCCCGUUUGUCCUGUCUGGAGACGACUGUUAAUAAUAUCUAUCAUGCUGUCAUUUGGUUUGCUCUCUAUCAAUCUGAAUAGAUGUUUACAUGUCCUAUGAUGACCAUUUUAUCUUUACAGUUCUGUACAAGUACAUCUGAGUCCAGACGUGUAUCAGUGUGUGAGGUUUAUGACCUUAUUUAGAAAUGUUUUCUUCCCUUUAUAGCAACUUAAUUUGUAAAACACCUUAAGAAGGAACAAGGCCCUUUAGUUUCUUUAUGAGAUGUAUUAUGUCUUGGGCAAACUGAGAAAUAUGUUUGGGAAAUCUAUAAAGCCAUGAGAGCAUUAAUUGGACAGUUUAGAAUGAAGAAAAUGAAUUAAAAAGUUAAACAUAAGUUUGGCUUUAAUUUUUUUUUAUUUUUAGGAUAUAUUUAUUGAAUUAGGAUAGCCACUAAAAAUUUUGAGCCAACUGCAAAGAGCUUUUUCCAUACUGUAAUUAGUCUGUCUAUUUCUUGUGAGUGUGUUGAUUUGCUGCAAUCGCCAGGGUUUACUCCAGUGCAGUUUUUGCUGUUCUUCUUAACUCCUCAGAAACAAGGAAAAUCAUUUUAUUUCUUUUCAAAUAAUAAAUGAUAACCUCUGGGUUCUAAAAUUGAAAAUCAUCUAUUAAAUUUGUCUAAUUUAUACAGUUUUCAUCACUUGUAAUCAAGACAUCAAAGACAAUCAAAGACAAAGCAAGGGGAAAUAGUGUUACGUGUUUGUUUUUAAAGGAUAGUUUUUAGCUGCUAUAUAAUUGUAUGUACUAAUUAUUUAUAAGCAAUAUGGCUUAAAAUUUAAAAAGUAUAAAAUUAAAAUUCUCAUUCUAAAUAUUAACAUUCUUCUUAUAGUAAACCCAAAAUAGUUUUUUCACUAAGUUAUUUUGAGUAUUCCUUCGUAGAUUAUUAGGGGUAUUUGAGAAAUCUAAUUUGACAGCCACUCUUACUUGGAAAAGUCAAAUUAUAUUUUGAUUCUAAUUUUUUUCUUUUUUCUUUAAAUUCUACUCAGUCACAGUUUCUUCUACAAAGCUAAUACCUGCAAACACUUUUUCCCUCUUGAGUAUUCAUUGUGAUUGUCUUCAUGAAUAAUAAAAUGUAACAAACUCAUUAGUCAUAUUACAAAUGAUCUUUCUUGAUCCACAUUGAUUAUACAUGCAUGGCUAAAGGAAAAGCAUGUAUUUUAGAUGAUUAUCAUUUAAGAAAUAAUUUGGUUAGCCAACAAGGCAUUUUGUUUGGUUGUGCCCCAUUGCAUACCCACUUUUUUUGUGAUUCUUUUUUUACAAAUUGGCAGAUAGCCAUGAAGUAUUUAUAAAUGUUGACUCAGACUAGGUAACAUUUUUUAUUUUCAAAAAAAAAAAAAAAAAGACUUCACAGUGGUAGUGUUGUAGCUGCUUAAUUUAGAGCCAAAGAACAUUGUCUAAAGAGACCACAUCCCUGCCAGUAACUCUUUUGAUUUGUUAAUAGGAGAAUGCUACACACUGUCACCUUAACUAAUUUUGCCAUUGCUUUUUUACAUUUGCUGUUGAAUUAAAAACAAAGCAAAACAAAAUGGAAUAUGCCCUUGGGAAUUGGAGGUCAUGUUGAUUUCUUCUUAAGAUCAUUGCUUUUUUUUUUUUUUUCCCUUUUUUUUCCCCUUUUUUUUUCUUUUUUUCUUUUUCUUUCUUUUUUUCUUUUUUUUUUUUUUUUUAAAGAUGUAGUUGGUCAGUUACAUUUAGGUCCUUCUCUCUCUGACAUUUUUUUCUUAAAUAGACUUGUCAUGGAGCUGCGUGUACAUAAGUAUACAAAAUCAUUUUUGUGUAACUGAAUGGAGCAGUUUACCUCUGCAUGAUUGCAUUAUGGAAGCCUUUUAUAUAUCUUUAUAUUUUUCAAUAUACUUAGAUUUUACACUAUUGGUCGCUCUAGUCAUGCUAUAUUUGUUGUUUUUUUUUUUAAAUAGAAUUUAUAAAUAUUUAUGCUCAAAGUACAGAUCAACUAAAUAUUUUUGGUCUUGUUUACAAGAUAAUACUUUAAAGUGAUACAGGCCCCUCAAGUGUCUUAGGAAACAGUCAUUGGUGCUAUAAAACCUUUCAGUGUCAUUGAAUCUGUUGUUUAGUCUUUGCUAGGCUUUAAUCUAUUAUCGCUUACACUUUAGCAAGCAGCAGAAUUAUAAAGAGAUACUUGUUGAGUUGGGGUAAGAGCAGAGCCCCAUUUAGAGAACACCUAAUAAUUAAAAAAAAAAAAAAUGAUGCAGAAUGACUGUAUCCUUGUUUGUGCCCAGCUUCUCCCAAAAGAAAAUAGUUUAUUUUGAUAAGAGGGAGGCUAUUAAUUUGAGUAGCAUUUAAAAAUGAUAUACUCAAGCAUGUUUUUCCCCCAUAUUUGAAAUGGAAAACUUUUCUAGUCCUAAAAUAAUUAUGAAAUUUUACUCUGCUUUAAAUUCCUAUUUGUCCUGUCCUCAACCGAAGGCAGAGUAUUUCGUACAGAUAUUUACAGAAUAUUUGCUGAGUUAUGAAGAAAUGAGUUAUUACAUUGUACUAGUUUUCCAUUGAUGUGUAUUUGUUGUUCUGCCCCAAGAUUUUAUUCCAGCACCUUAGUGGAUGUUCGUAAGAUACAGUGAAGCAUCAGCAAAGCAUUUAUACAUGCUUACUUUUGAUUCUCAGAAUCCAAAACCUGUUUUGAGUGUGAUAAUACUUCAGAACAUACUGUCUGGCACAAGAUUUCCUUUAAUAAGUGAUUUAUUUUAACUCAGUUUCUAUGGACUGUUGAAUCUGAACACACCAAAGGAGUCUUUUCUUGUCUGAAGACUGGGUUGUUCCAGUGGUCAGUACCUGUGCCCGUCAUUACCCCAUUUCAUGAAUGCGUGUUGGCAUGGGGGAAUUCCCUGCUCUUUGAGUGGAGCGAAAGGAACUGGUUAAGCUGUAGCAGCUUCCUUGUUUAUUUUUAAAAGUGAUGAUAAAACUUGAACUGAAAAAGGUAAAACUUGAACUAGAAAACUACUCUUGUAUGCACAGAAUGUUUAUAGUGACUGUGUUUAUGUGGGUUGUCAACACUUCUAUUAUUUAUAGUUGAAUUAUGUUGUUUAUUAAAUAUCCAUGUUUAUU